AAACCCUACUUCCUCUCUUCUCCAACUCCACACACCCCCAGCAAUGGCUGCCGCCGCUCGCCCUCUCGUCACCGUUCAGGUGCUCAAGUCGGAUAUGGCCACAGACGGCGGCAACGCAGUCCCUCUCCCGGAUGUCAUGAAGGCCUCCAUCCGGCCAGACAUCGUCAACUUCGUCCACUCCAACAUCUCCAAAAAUAGCCGCCAACCCUACGCCGUUAGCCGUCGCGCUGGUCAUCAGACCUCCGCCGAGUCCUGGGGAACUGGCCGCGCCGUCUCCCGUAUCCCUCGUGUUCCGGGUGGUGGUACUCACCGCGCUGGCCAGGGUGCCUUCGGAAACAUGUGCCGUGGCGGUAGGAUGUUCGCCCCCACCAAGAUCUGGCGCCGCUGGCACCGCAAGAUCAACGUCAACCAGAAGCGGUACGCAGUGGUUUCCGCCAUCGCCGCCUCAGCCGUCCCCUCACUCGUGAUGGCUCGUGGGCACAGGAUUGAAUCCGUCCCGGAGCUUCCUCUGGUGAUCGGAGAUUCGGCCGAGAGCGUCGAGAAAACAUCGGCGGCGAUUGAUAUUCUGAAGCAAGUUGGCGCUUAUCCUGAUGCAGAGAAGGCGAAAGACAGCCAUGGUAUUCGUCCCGGAAAGGGUAAGAUGAGGAACCGCCGCUACAUUUCAAGGAAGGGUCCGUUGAUCGUCUACGGCACGGAGGGUGCGAAGCUUGUAAAGGCUUUCCGGAACAUUCCUGGGGUUGAGGUUGCUAACGUCGAGCGGCUCAAUCUUCUGAAACUCGCUCCCGGUGGCCAUCUUGGAAGGUUCAUUAUCUGGACCAAAUCGGCAAUUGAGAAGGUGGAUUCAAUCUAUGGAUCCUUUGAUAAGACAUCGGAGAAGAAGAAGGGAUACCUCCUGCCACGCGCAAAGAUGGUAAAUGCUGAUUUGGCUAGGAUCAUCAACUCGGACGAGGUUCAGUCUGUGGUGAGGCCAAUCAAGAAGGAGGUGAAGAGGGCACCUAUGAAGAAGAACCCGCUCAAGAACUUGAAUACAAUGUUGAAGCUGAAUCCAUAUGCCAAGACUGCAAGGAGGAUGGCUCUUCUGGCCGAGGCACAACGGGUCAAGGCCAAGAAGGAGAAGCUUGACAAGAAAAGGGCACAAAUUCCUAAGGAAGAGGCAGCGGCUAUCAAAGCUGCAGGCAAGGCCUGGUACCAGACAAUGAUCUCAGAUAGCGACUACACGGAAUUUGACAACUUCUCAAAGUGGCUUGGUGUCUCACAGUAAUUUUGCCUUAUGCCUUGCAUGAUUUCAGACCUCUAUUUUGUUAAUUUUUUUGGUUUUGGUGUACUCUAUUAUGGCAAUUUUGAUUUUGUGGGUGAGAUUAGGUGGGAGGGGAAUGGUUGGAAUAAUUGACAGACCCUUGGCCUUUCACUUCCCUUUUUAUUCACUUUCCUGGCUUAGGUGGGUAAAGGUUUUAGUUGAAACAGAACUGAAGUUACAAGUAGCUUGUUUAUGCUUUAUGGUUUGGACAUCAGGCUUAUGUUACAAUCCUGCAACAUCAUGUUUUCAAAUUUCUAUGUUUUAAUCUUUUUGUGUUUGCAUGUGGUUGAUGGGCAA